UGGGGUGCUGCCUGAAGUGUAUUCCAUUCAUUGUCGUAAUAAGAGGUUGAAAACAUUUAACACGCAGCUUGCUGUGCAACAAUGUAUCAAUUCGCUAUUACAAUAGCUAUAUUCUUGCUACAAUGUGUUUUCUCUGUAAGCGGAAAAACUAUAUUUGGGGUUUUCAGAAGCGACUUGGCGAGGGAGCAGAGAGGUCAAUACAUCACCAAUUUUUUCUAUCAGGCUGGAAAUGGGCUGAUGGUGUAUCGGCUGGAGAACGUGCCCGUGGCAGUGCGGAAGGAGGCGAAGCUGCUGAUGUUCCACAACACGCAGGGCUUCGACAACCUGAGCUGCCUGGACCGGGUCUCUCGAGCCCAGAUGUCUAUAUCACUGAGUGCAGAGGAGCACAAUCAGACUAUUCCUCAACAGCUGUAUCCCCAAGCCUGGCACAUCGUGUACGUGGACCGCUACACCUGCACAGAGCAGGACCUGGACAGCCCUCUGGAGGACGUCCGCUUCCAGAUCGUUCUGCUGAAUCCGGAUGUUGCAGGAAACCCGAUGGACCACUUCAGUGCGGAGGAGGGAGGUCUCCACAGCUUCUACUUCCUGCUGAUUCUGGUCUACUUCAUCGCAUCCUGCAUCUACAUGCAGCCGCUGUGGCAGGCGCUACACAAGGGAGGCCCUAUGCACACAGUGCUCAAAGUGCUCUCUAUCGCCCUCUUGCUGCAGGGGAUGUCGGUGCUCUUUAACUACAUCCACAUGGCCAGGUAUGCCAGAGAUGGUGUGGGGACCCCGCUGAUGGGGAGUCUAGCUGAGUUCUGUGACAUGGUGGCCCAGGUGCAGAUGCUGUAUAUGCUGCUGAGUCUGUGUAUGGGGUGGACUCUGAGUCGGAGCAGGAAGUCCCAGAGCAAGCCGCUCCAGUGGGACUCGUCCCCCACCUCCACCUCCCUCGCCGCCGCCGCCGUGCUCACGCAGGGCGUCCUGCUGAUCUGGGAGCAGUUUGAGGACACGGAGCACCACAGCUUCCAUGCGCAGCGCGGCGUCCCGGGCGUCCUGCUGCUGCUGCUGCGGGUGCUGCUGGCGCUCCUGCUGGCCUCCGUGCUCUACCACAUCACCUCCGCCGAGCGCAGCGCACUCAAGAGGGACUUCUACCUGCGCUUCGCCAAGGGCUGCUUUCUGUGGUUCCUGUGCCAUCCCGUGCUUGUUCUAAUCUCAGGGAUCUUUAACGAGCACCAGCAGGAAAAGGUCAUUGCUAUUGGGGUGAUCCUGUGCCAGUCCAUAUCGGUCAUCAUCCUCUACCAGCUCUUCCUGUCCAGGAGCCUGUAUUGGGAGGUGUCCUCUCUGUCCUCCGUGACCUUGCCUCUGAGCAUGUCCAGAGGGCCCCGGGACCGCUUCUAACGCCCGGAGGUGGCUUCUGCAUGUUACCAUGGAUACACACACACACGGAGCUGUGGUCAGACUGCUCAACAAUCACAGAGGAGAGAAGGUCUGUUUUGAAAGCGGACCGUAACGGUCACGCGUUUGUGCAGAGCUGCAGACAAAAAGGACGAGCAACUGGAAUGUUCCGAGUGAGACUGAUGCUGGAGACAACGCAGGACACCGAUUGAUGAACGCUGGAACACAGGACUAUUUUGCGCUCAUACGGCGCAGAGACUAAAGGUUCUACAGCCUCGAGCUUUAUGUACGCGGAGGGGCUGUUUCCUGAACUUAAACGAGCUAUAAAUGUAUGUACAAAGUAACCGUGUGAUCACUGUUUUGCUGUCUCUUUUGGCAUAUUUAUCUGAAUUAUUUGUAUAUGAUGUUUGACAUGCAUGUCUCCUAUCAAAGACAUAGGGCAAAACUCAUUUUAGUUCAUCAUCCACAAAGCUUUUUUUUUUUCCUUUUAAAAAAACACAAUCUCAUGGGUGACACAUAAUAGCACAGAGGCAGUUGUUACUAUGUUGCGGUGAGGGUCAGAAUCAUUUCUAUGCACUGAAGAUGAUGAAAUAAUUAUUUUUUAAUAAAGGUGCAAUUUAGAAUU